AUGUCUCGACAACUUGGACCCCUAGAACGACUCAUGGCGGUGAGAGCCCAGCUCGGGCUCUACACAAACGUCUGGGUCUCUGCAGAGCUCGAUGAGCCUGUGGAACUGAACGUACUCUACCAGGCCGUGGCCGACGUGAUCAUGGACGAACCCAUGCUCGGUGUCGUGGUCACUGGACGAAAGGAAAAAGACCUGCGCUUCACCAAACUCAAGGGCAUCAGAAUAUCCGACGCCGUGUCUCUUGAGUACUUCAACGAAGAAAACAUCGCCAACAUCCACACCCAACUCCACGACAUUCAGUUUGAUCUGCAAGGUGAUAAGCCCCUUUGGAGAGUCUUCCCCAUCAACAAGGGCAAGGAGCUUGUCUUCGUCUACGACCAUACGCCCCUGGAUGGCAUGUCCGGAGCCUCUGUCUGCGUCAAGCUCGCCAAGGCAUGUCAGAAUGUCCGAAACCCGUCCGUGUCACGACAUGACGUGGCCCUUGUGUCUGGAGCUCCCAUCCCACCACCCCUGGAGGGCCAGAUGAACGUCUCCGUGCCCUACUGGAAGCUCUGCGUCGCUCUCAUGGAGGAAUACGCCAAGCCGCUGUGCACCUUUGCCACGGCUCUGCGUCGACUGGUCUACUCGAAGGAGGUGGACCAGUACCGAUUUGGAACCGGUCCCAAACACAAGAAGAAGUGGACUGGACGAUACUCGCUCAUCGACAUUGACAAAGCCAAGACCAAGCGUCUGCUCGACACGUGCCAUAAGAACGAAGUGUCUGCGUCGGCUGUUCUUUUUGCCGUGCUCGUGUCUGCCUCUUCGGACACUCUCUACAGACACUACCCCGUUUCGUCGUCCAAGAUGCGGGCCAACGCACGUAUCCCAUACAACGCGCGUCAGUUCAUCCGAAAGGAGCAGCUGGCAUCGUUGGGAUGCAUGGUUGGAGAUGCAGAGCUGCAGACGGUGGUACCCCCACCCAAAAACGUGCAGAAGAAGGGAUACUACAAGUCGAAGGAGUUUUUCGAUAUUGCCCGAGGGUUCCGAUCGUCGGUGCUCGAGAACAUUGCCAAGUCCCGCCCUGACGACUGUCCUGCCGCCAUGCACGACAUUGGCAUGAUCCAGUUUGUCCCCUCUAUCAAGGACUUCUUUGAAUCCCACACUGAGGGAGCUGCUCGUUCGGAGCUUUUCUCUAUCUCCAACCUUUGUGCCGUGGAUCCCUGCGGCACCAACAUUGAGCGACUGCGCUUCUCUCAAUGUACUGGCGCUAACUGUGCGUUCCUGCAGUUUGGAGCCGUCGGAGUCAAGGGAGGCGCUCUUUCUGUGUCCAUCUCUGCUGCCGACGACCCCGAUGACUGUCUUGGCGAUCUCACCAAAGAGGUUCAGCGAUUCGUUGACCAGUUGUGA